AUGAAGUUCUCCGCUGUAUUGCUUGCGCUCUUCGCCGGAGCUGUCAUGGCAGCUCCUGUUCCGGACAACUCGAUCCAUGAGCGGGGCUCACCGUUGCCUAGUACCCCGCUCGCAGAACGGGGUCUUUUGCUGAAGAAGCCAAUUGCUGAGCGGGGAAAAGCUGACUAUCAUGGCUCGAUUGCUGAGCGGGGCGUACCGUUACCUGGUACCCCGAUCAAAGAACGGGGUUACAAGCUGAAGAAACCAAUUGCCGAGAGGGGUGAAGCUGCCUAUGGAGGUCCGAUUACUGAGCGGGGUGUGCAGUUGUCGUCCGAUCUGGAUCUCACCAAUAUUGGACUGGUAUUCAGAGAAGAUCAUGAAUAA